UGAAACUGUUGUGCGCGUCUCGUUGCAUGGCGGACCAUCUUGUUCGUCAAACAAAUUUCAUGUUUACGUUUUAAUAUUGCUUUCGUACACGCAAUGAAUCUCUUUUGUUUAUGAAUAGUAGUAGGAGUGUACUUGCCAGUAGAAUCUCACUAUGGAGUGUGAAUCGUAGUGCUUCAAAAAUGCCGGAAAAUUCUCGGGGGAAGAGAUGGAGAGCUACGAGGCUUCACCGUUUACUGUCAGCUGCCAAACUGGGCUUGAAUUUCAGUAUUUUUGCAGCCCUUCUCAUGGUAAUCUCAGCCUCCACAACUAUAAGUGCAAUUCAUAGUUGCAAUAGAGGAAGAUUUGUUGUAAAUUCCACUUGGGGGACCAUCACCAAUGGUCCAGAAAACUACCGUGAAGACAGUUACUGUAUUUGGCUUAUUGAAGCCCAACAUCCAGGACAGUAUAUAACACUCACAUUCCACAGUCUUCAGACAGAGUGUGCUUAUGACCAUGUUUUCGUCUAUGAUGGGGACUCUGUUCUGUCACCAAUGAAAGGUAGUUUCAGUGGACGUGGACUGCCCCCACCUGUCAUUGCCAAAUCGGGUUCUAUGGUAGUUUUAUUGUACAGUUCAAAUUAUGUAUUGGAAGGUUUUUCUGCUGAAUACUCAGUGACAGACUGCCCUCUCAAUUGUUCAAAUCAUGGGCAUUGUGUCAAUCAUACAUGUGUGUGUGAAGCUGCCUUUGUGGGCGAUUCAUGUGAAUUUGAAGCGUGUCCGGAUCAGUGUGGUUUUACCGAAAGCAGGGGAUGGUGCGAGAAGAUCGACGGCGUUUACCAAUGUGUGUGCAAUCAGGGGUACAUUGGACUCGACUGUGGCCUGGAUACCAAGUCAUCCCCGGGCAAUUCUUGGCAUCUUCUUGGUCGCGGAAACCAAGCAUUACAACGGACAGCGCAUGGGGGUGUUUACCUCAGGAAUUUGAACAAGUUCAUUGUGUUUGGUGGUUUUGAUUUGAACGUCCCGCUUGGAGAUCUACUGUCAUUUGAUAUGAAUUCCUCAAAGUGGACUAAUUUGAGCUCUUUAGCAUCUAACGAGAGUCAUGUUAAUGUUUCGGAAUUUAUCCAAAAUGACGAACCGCAAUUGGAAGCCAUUACACCCAGAGCACGCUACGGCCAUGCUAUGGGAGCGUUGGAUGACGGCUUUGUUCUCUAUGGAGGCCAGUUAGCUGAAGGAAGUCUAUCAGACGAAUUUUUCUACUACGACGCCAGCAGAAAUGAGUGGAUUGUGUUAGCAGGCCAAAGUCAAGUGCAACCUCCUCCGCUGACUCGUCAUACUCUUUGCGUGGUGAACAAUUCAUUAGUUUACAUCUUCGGUGGCAGCAUGGUGAAUGGAGAAUUUUCUUCCAGGUUGUUUCGUGUACAGAUAAAUACAUUAGAUCUGGGCAAUGAGGAAUGGGAGGAAGUAGAACCUAGAGGUGGGAAACAGCACGAUAUCCGUCUAGUCGGCCACAGUAUGGUAUACCACCUUGAAAGCCACUCGCUCAUAGUUUACGGUGGAAUUUUGGCGGAUGCUGCACGUUUUUCCAAGUUGAGCGAUCGUCUUUUCAUUUUCAACUUGGAACAACUUCACUGGGCUGAACUGCUGUACCCACGUGGAACUUUGCCCGACCUUCACAUCCCUCUCGAGCGCGCCUUUCACGGCGCUGUUCUUAUGGGUUCGUACAUGGUGGUUUUUGGCGGAUAUACUCAUAAACAUAACCGCGAAGAAAUAUGUUACGAUUCAGGGUUAUAUUUCUACCAUUUGGACUGCCACACGUGGGUCAGCCACCAUGUUUUGGACCACGGAAACGACGGAAUGGGAAAGGAUCUAUUACCUCCAAAAGGUGUUUUCAGUUUCGCCUCAGCUGUUAAAGAAGAUAACGUUUUCCUGAUCUUCGGCGGCUAUCGCGGUUCUGUUUCCGGUGACAUGCUAGCUUAUGUCGUGCCUUUGGAGAUGGUUGGGGGCCGUAACGGCCAGCCCAACAGCUCCAAUUGCCAGCGUCAUCCAUCACAGCUGAGCUGCACGGCCAAUCCUGAAUGCGGUUGGUGUCCAGCUGACGGAGUUUGCUAUCAAAGGACAUCUGGAGCCAAUUGUACCAGUAACUUGCAAACAACGCAAUGCCCUGGAAUUUGUCCAGCACUAGCCGACUGCUACGCGUGUACCGUGCACGGUAAUGCGUUGGCAGCUGGUAGUGCGGAUUCUGCGAAAUUAGGCCAGUGCGCGUGGUGCGUACAAACAGCUCGCUGCCAUCGUCGUGACGACAAUAUGGGUGUCUGCGGAGCUGGAAUGGAAACUCCGUCCGGCGUCGUUGGAUGGUGGGGAAGCGAAGGAACAGACAUAACAGCGGUGGAUGAAUGCCGAACCAGGGAUUUCCGACCCGGUCUUACCUAUCUUCUCUACGAACAUCCAGCAAAUUUUUCGCAACCAGACGAAGUCGGUGUUGUCAACUCGACGUUAGCAAAUUUUCAACCGCACUCCAGAAUUUAUUUGCAACCGCGCGAUCAUGCAACUUCCGCAGGAGGAACUGGAGGAGGAACGAUGGUAGCUCGGAUGCUCGGAUUCAUCCAUCCACUAGCAAAUAAGGCGCGGCCCUUAAAUGACUACCAACAAGAGUUCAAAAUCAUGAUGGAUUCCUCUUACGCAUCGUCAGUUUUGCGUAUUUCGCUGGACGAAUCAGCCGAACGGUUAGAGGUUGUGGCUUCCAUGACGGUCAACGACACCAAUACCAGUCGUGUAGAAGCUAUUCGACCGGACAAGACUCCAAUUUUCCCCGAUCCUAGUCGUGGACGAAAGUACAUGAUGGAAUUCACAGCGAAUCGUUCAUUGGUCGGUGUAGCAGGUGCUGACGAUCACAUCGAUACUCAAAGAGAGAUCUCGAGGAUGCAACUCGUCUGGAACGGUAAAUCCAAUUACAGAAAGAUGUUUACCUUCGAGUACGUGGAACCUUACAGCAAUGGCUCCUGUCAUUUGUACACCAAUUGCAUGCAGUGUCUAUCAGAUUCAUUGUGCGGCUGGUGUGAGCCUAGCCGUUACUGCCUAUCAAGAAUCGGAUCCAACGCAACAAAAUCCGAUGAACCGUCGCAAUGUUAUUUAGAUGCCAAAAAGACAACAACCGCUUUCCUGACUUUGAAUCCACCGCAGUGUAUCAAUUGUUCAAAUCACAUUUCGUGCCAUCAGUGUGUCGCAGACAGUUCGUGCGAGUGGCUGGUAGAUGAAGCCUAUUGCACGCGACGUGGAAGAUUUGCUGGUGCUGUUCAAGCAGCAGGAGAAUGCCCGGUGCCUUGUAACGAACGAAAGGGAUGUUCUUCAUGUUUGGGUGAACCGGGUCGGUGCACCUGGUGCGAAGAGACGCAAACAUGUUUUGUUUUCUCCAGUUAUAUAGUGGUUUAUCAAUUCGGAAUGUGUCGGGAGUGGGUCGACGUUGAAGCACAGUCACAUAUGGACGGAGGAGUGCUAUCCGGUCGGACGUCUCUACGGGGUGAUAUCGGCGGUCUUCCUGAUACGAUGAUUAUGAUCGGAACAGGAAAAUCUCUAUUGUCUGUUAACGGGAGUGGUAACGGAAUCAGCGCUGGGCGAUGCAAAUCUUGCGAAAGGAAACAGAGCUGUUCCAGCUGCUUGGUUGAUCUAGGUUGCGGUUGGUGCUACUACAAUAACAAUCCCAUGAUUGGCGUUUGCAAACCAGGAGAUUUCCAUUCACCUACAGCAGGCAAUUGUUCGGUUUUGUUGGGUGACACACCAUCACCGCCAUCUUCGUUGCUGAUGGCACCACACGAUCACAGCCAUCCUGUUUGGAAUUGGGCCUAUGCUCAGUGUCCCGACGUCGAUGAAUGCUCUUUAGGCCAACACGACUGCCAUCCCGACGCAGCCUGUCUCAAUACUCCGGGCUCUUACCUUUGUGCGUGUAAAAAAGGCUAUAUCGGAGAUGGGAAAACAUUUUGUGAACGCACGUGUUUUGAGGAUUGUGUUCAUGGUCGUUGCUCCGGCCCACCCGAUUUUCAAUGUGAAUGCGAGCUCGGUUGGACCGGUCCAGAUUGCCAGGAAGACUGUGGUUGUUUUGGUCAUUCAACUUGUUAUCAAGGGAUUGGCACAUGUGAUCAUUGCCAAGAUCUCACUGACGGAAUGAGCUGUGAGUUAUGCCGGGCUGGUAGCUACGGUAACGCCACUACUUCAGAGGGCUGUCAACUUUGUCAAUGCAAUGGCCACGCCAAUAUAACUGCUGGGAUCUGUAAUCCAGCCACAGGCCAGUGUUACUGUCAGGAUGAGACCGAAGGGAAUAAAUGCGAAUCGUGCAAACCUGGUUAUUACGGUGAUCCACGUCAUGGCGGGACCUGCUAUCGCCAGUGUUCGUCUCGUGGAAUCCUUUCUGCCAUCACGAAUGGCAGCCUGGGCAGUUAUUCUGCGCCCGAUAGAAUCUAUCGCCAUUCCAAGAACGAACUGGAUGUCCAAGAUUGUGUUUGGGUGCUCAACACCCAUAGUUCCGUUAGGGGAAUGUCGUUAGGGUUAGGAGGAGACGGACCAAAGGCUAGAGAGGCCAUCAUUCAGCUUACGAUUCAUCAAGGAGCACGUAUCUUGUGUCCUACCAACUACAUCUAUAUCUAUGAUGGACUGCCUGAUUUUAUGUCUUUGGAAAAUGGCUGGACGCGACAGAAUCAUUUGCUUGGUGCUUAUUGUUCUCCGCAGACCGUCUUUCCGCUCAAUAUCCACGCCCAUUCAGGCAUUAUGACCAUCUUCUAUCGACGGAAUGAUGUAAAACAAGGGUUUAAUGCUACUUUUACUGUACUUUCCUGCCCUGCCAACUGCCCACCCCGCCAGUGUAUUGGUAGUAAAUGCAGCUGCCCGUCUGGCUGGGUUGGUACAGACUGCGAAGGACAAGUUUGCCCAAACGAUUGCUUCUCCCAGCUCGACCAUGGAAAGUGCGACAUGAGCGCCGGUCGCUGUCUCUGCCAGAAAGGCUACGCUGGUGCCGAUUGCAGCCAAGCUCGCCGCCGUUCUUCCAUUGUCGUUACAGAGUUGAUCGACCCUCACAAACUGACGGAAGGUCUGGAGCAUUUGAAAACAGUGCUGCCCAGAUUGGGUCAUAGUCUGGCGGUCGAUCAUCGCGGUUCACUUUGGCUUUUUGGGGGUUACUCCAUGUCGCGCGGACCGUUGAAUGAUAUCCGAGAAUUUGAGACGAAGAAUCUCACUUGGCUUCAGGUAACUGUUCACAUUCAGCCGGGCGUGGGAGGGGGGGAGUCCUCUCUUCCACCUGAGCGCUAUUUACACGCUGCCGAGUACGUCAACUCGCAACGAAGUCUUUACGUUUAUGGUGGCAUGGGUCAUCGAGACCGUGCCUCUAGUGCUUUCCUCUCGGAUUUUUGGAAGUUCGACAUAAAUUCAAGACGUUGGAUGGAAAUUGGAACUCGUGGCCUCGUCCCUCCGCUGGCAGGACACACUUUGUCGUUGAGACAUGACGGUGAACACCAAACACUGCUACUAGUAGGCGGAUUCAGUCCGGAAUAUGGUUUCAUGGAAAAAGUGAUGGAAUUUAGUCCUGAAAACGGCACUUGGACUGUCCUGAAUACAACUGGAACACCACCCAUUGGAAUUUAUGGCCAUAGCGCAGUGUUUCAUGUUUCGACACGUAGUCUCUAUAUCUACGGCGGAAUGUUGUACAAAAUCGAUAAGGUUGUCCCAUCCAACGAGUUGUACGCCCUUCAUUUUCCGAGUCGCCGCUGGUCGUUGCUGACGGUCGAUCGUGAUUCCAAUCCCCCGGAGUUGUCAAUGCCCCGUGCUCGUUAUCUUCACGCUGCCGUCUCCACAGAAGACUAUAUGCUCAUUAUCGGUGGCCAGACAGAGCCAAGCAAUAGUUCAGAUACUCUAAUGGCCUACUCUUACGCGUGCAAUACGUGGAUCAAUCUUGCUCAGCAGAGGAACAAUGCUGCAGAGUUAAUUGGAAGCCCGUUGGCACCGGCUGUUGGCUUGGCCGCAACUAGACAUCCGGCUAGUGGCUCUGUUUACAUCAUGGGUGGAAUGUGGGCUGGUUCGGCUCAGGGAACAUUGAUUAAACUGGAGGUACCUGACGAUCUAUGUGCCCUGUGGAGCAACAGCAAACUGAAAUGUAAAGCCACCCCGGGCUGUUCUUAUUGCGCCGUUUACGAGCCAUCUGGAUUGAAUGCCACAUUUUGUUAUUCGACGUCAAAGAUAUCGCCGGAACGAUGCACUCAACCUCAAGGGGUUUUAGAAUUCUCUAAAGGAGCCGUCUGCGGGCCAGAGCGUGUAGCCAGCCGGGAUUGUUACCAGCAUGCCUCAUGCAGUGAAUGUUUGGGUGAAUGGCCGAUCUAUCGUGGUUUGCCACAAUCCUGCCAGUGGUGCACCAACUGCAAAUCAGGUCGCUGUGUACCUUAUGGAGCCGAUUGCCAGGAAGAGAACAGAUGCGAAGUCAAACAACGCGACACUGUCGAUGCCGCCCAAUGCCACGAAAGAUCCUGUCCAGCUUCCGACUGUGACAAGUGCCGCGAUUUAGGACGCUGCAUGUGGACUCGUCAGGUUGUUCGAACUAGCGAAUUAAGUCGCAAAUUGCAUACUCUACCGAUCUAUGAAUGGAAUUGCGUUGGUCGUAACAUCAAAGACAGCUCUUCCUUCUUGGUGGUUAGUAUGCCGCCACAGCAGUGUCCUCCUCGUUGCUAUCAACAUAAUGGUUGUAGAGAAUGUCUGGAAUCCACCGGCGGCGAAGGGGGUUGGCACGAAUGUCGAUGGUCUACAGCGCUUGGUCAAUGCGUGGCACCCAGUUAUCAGUCGCUACAAUGCUUAGGUGGCAUGUGUGGUGCCAUUUUACAGGGAUCCGCCAAUUCGGCCUGCCCCAGACCUUGUUCCCAGUUCACACAAUGCUCUACCUGUCAUCAACAACCUCACUGUGGUUGGUGUUCAUUAGAUUCAGCUCCUGUUGGAGGCAUCGGGCUGUGCAGCCGUGGUACACUAGAAGGUCCGUUGGACGGUUCUUGUUCAUCACUGGACUACACUCGCGUUCUUGAUCGUAUUAAUAUGACGGCCAUCACACAACAACGUAAACCAUCUCAGAGCAAAUUAGCAUCAUCCGCUUCGCUUCUAGAGAAAGCAACCACCUGGAACUAUCAAAGUUGUCCGGCAGAAAACGAAUGUAUUAACGGCCAUCAUUCAUGCGAUCCUCGUUCAGAGCGAUGUCUCGAUCGACCUGAUGGUUUUGAAUGUCUCUGCUCUGAUGGUUAUGUCUCCGAAAAUCAAAUUUGCCGGCCAGUAUGUUCUCAGGGAUGUGUCCAUGGAGAUUGCCUCGAACCGAACGUGUGUCGCUGCCAUUUUGGUUUUGUUGGUGCUAAUUGUAGUACCCAAUGCAAGUGUAACGGGCAUUCAGAAUGUGCUGGACCUGAAGCGGAUCAGCUGGACGUUUGCCUUGAUUGCCUCAAUAACACUAUGGGCCCACAGUGCACGCGUUGUCGACCGCUUUUUGUUGGCGACCCGCGUAACAAUGGCCAGUGCAUCUCUUGUCUGGAGUACUGCAAUGGGCACACACCCGUUUGCCACGGACAUAACUUGUCAUUAUCUAAUCUAUCCCCGCAAACUACGAGCGAAUUGCUUUUACUUGAAGCUGUUGGUUGGAGUAAAACGGCUGAGGCUGCUUGGGUGCGUCUGAUCGGCGAGGGUCCCAAAACACAGGCCAUUUGCCACAGCUGCUCUAAUUCGACAAUGGGAGAAAAAUGCGAAGAGUGUAUUCCAGGAAAUUUUAGGGGCGUCGAGGACCGCAGAAAGCCUUGUCGGCCGUGUGAGUGUCACGGCCAUGGUGACAUUUGUCAUCCGGUGACAGGAGAAUCAUGUAACUGUCAAAACAAUACGGAAUCUGACCCUCAGUGCCGAAGUAGCACUUCAUUCGCAAGUUUAGGUCUACCCGGAAGAUCAUUGUCCGGUGGAUCACCAGGUUUACUUCCGACGCCAAUACCCUGCUGGUCAUUGCAGUGCGAUAAAUGCAAGGAGUAUUAUCUGGGCACGCCGACGCAGGGCCAUCAAUGCUACCGUCAGAUGUCAGUAGAUACUGAAUACUGUCUAGAUCCUGAAACGCAAGAGGAAUGCAACAGGAAACCUACUCCGCUUUACCCGCGGCGCCCCGUCUUUUUCGCCAUUCAACCCAAGUUCUUAAACGUCGAUAUCCGGCUGUUAGUGGAUGUCGCCCAGGGUGGUGUUGACUUAUUCUUCGCACCUCGCGACGACAUGUUUAUCGUUCGUCAAGAUCCUUUACAUCCUGGCGGCCAUCGCGUUGAAUUGGAUCCAAAAUACAUCAUCAUCACCGGUUCGCUGGCUUUUGAUCAAGGUGGCCAGCCAUUGGUGCAGCAUCCAAACACGUCUAUUCCGGUGGAAAGAUUGGUGAACAAUACAUCGGACCGAUACACAUUGUCGUAUCACAUAGUAGAGAAGAUAGCCAGUGGAUUGACAACUUUCUUGACGGUGACUGAUCCGUAUAGUGUCGUUGUCGUUCGAGGACUUCAAAAUCGACUCAUCUUGACCCUGCCCCAAGACCGACACGAUCUUCGCUCAACGCGUUUCUACAUCCUCAUACAGGGAGCGGGCAGUCCGUCUACAGACGCCACAUUGGGUUCUCUCUUCUUCCGUCAAGAUCAACCCCGCAUCGAUCUGUUCGUGUUCUUUUCCGUCUUCUUUUCCUGUUUUUUCCUGUUUUUGGCUGUCUCGGUCGUAGCCUGGAAGGCAAAACAAGCUAUUGAGGGCCGGCGUGCCCGUGAGAGACAAGCGGUUGAAAUGGAGCACAUGGCUCGGCGUCCCUUCGCCACCGUUUCUGUUUUCCUUGAAGCCACAUUACGCGGGCAAAAGCGAUUGCGAGAUGGUAAACGCGCCGGCCAAAAUGUCGGACUUCAGGUUCAUCACACUACAUUGACAGCUCAAUUGUGCUCACCUCUUCGAUGGAAGAGGAGGAGUGCUUCACGGUCAGAUCAUCUCUCUCAAGUGCAUCACGAGUUUCACGGAGCAAGCGUUCUGGCCGACCAAGACUCGGUCGGACGUUUGGCUGGUGCAAAUCUAGGACUCCAAUCUCGCCAUAUAGAUAUCCGUCCGUUAGCUGUGGAACCGACAGCUGACGGCGUUGCAGCCAUUGCUACACUCAUCGUUCAGCUACCUGGUGGAAGACUUGCACGUACUCAGCUGACAUUGGCAUCCGCUUUGGUUCUUCCGCCGCGUAAUCGUUCGAAUUAUCCGACCACGGAAUUUUAAAGAUGAGUUUUAAUUUUUUUAAUUAUUUUCUUUCUUUAACUUAAUCAUCGUGUCUCUCAUCGUGUCUGACAACUGUUUAUAUUUGAAUAAUUUUCGACUGAUUUUCCUCCGCAUUACCUCGCGUUUUCCUGCGGUAUUCUCUGUUUUCUCUCCGUUGUAUUUUGUAAUUUAUCCGAACAAGUAUGCCGUACAAAUACGGUCUCGUCGACGCAAUUCAUGUGCAAAUUGCUACCAUGAUGUAGCAGCUAUUUCCCCCUUACCGCCUGUAAAACAUGACGAAUUUUCUUUUCAUUACCAAUCGAUGUGAUACAUCACGGGCCAUAUGAUAUUGUACUGCUGAUUAGGCACAAUAAGUUCCUCCACUUGGCAAGCGUACCACCGUUCCGUUGCGACCUACCCUUUUAUGUAAUACUUUUCCCUUUCUAUUUUUUUACGAUAAAACUCAAAACAAAACAAACAAACAAAAAAAAAACGCGAGAAAAAAAAAUCACAAAAAGUGUAUAUAUUCAAAAAAGUGAAUAAAUACAUUUUUUUCCCCACCGAAUACUAGACAAAAAUAUCGCCGGAAAAUAAUUCUGAAAUCAAACAUUUUUUUCUUAUUAUUUACAACGUUAAGAUCGAUCGACAACCGUGUUGUCGUAAGCGUAAGUUUCUUUGGUUUUUGCCUCUGGAUUAGCUGAUGUUGCAGGGCCACCGUUGACAUGUUUGGCCGUCUUCGUUUUCACUGGUGGUGUAUAGAACCACCAAGCCAAGAUGGCGAACAAAAAUGUUAAACCUUUAACGACCAGCGCUAGCCCAACCAUCGCUCUACAGAGGUAAAACGAAAUAUUUAAAAGAUGUCUUUGCAUUUUGCAAUGCAACGUUUACCUGCUAAAUGAAUAAUUAUUGUAAAUUAAACAAGAUCCGCUAUUGUCCGAGUUGCCAUUGCAGUUGCUUUGUUUGUAUGCGUCCACAAGACGCAAGAACUGUCUAUGAACAACCCGAAGAUCAUGGGUCCUGGAAUAGCACCUACGAAAAACAGAUUUGGCUUCUUGACCCGGCACUUUGUCUACAAAUGCGUAAAGUACUUACCUAACAGCCGCCAUAUAAUCAUCUGGGUUCCUAAUGCGAAGGCUCUUCGGUUGUGUGGCACACUCCUUGCAAUGGACAUCAAGUAAGUAUGUGGUUGUUUUUUUUAAGAAUUCAAUUAUACUCUAUUGUACCUUAACGUAGCCGAAAGAAUAGGCAUACUGUUAGCGAAAACAAGGGCGAGGAAGAUGAAUAGCAAAACUGUGAAAAGGUAGAGUUGAUAACUGCAUUUAGAGGACGUGCACGUCUGGCGAGCUGCCAUGACGUCCACUUCUGUGCCGUUAACGACCUUCAUCCUUUUAAAUUCCGGGGAAUUGAUGCACGAACAAUUGGAGUACACCUAAACGCGAUCUUUGUAAGUGACCAUUGAAAUUUUUCGUAACAUGAAGUAGAGUAUAUCUGUACGCCGAAGGAUUUGGAUUUCAAUCCGUCGACCAUUGUUUCGUGAAACGACAGGCAUCCAGCAUGGCAAGGAGAAUAGUAAACGAUGUUGUCGAUACCACAUACAGGGCUAUAAGUAUCUAACGAGCAGGAGCAAUUGGCAUUGCAAUCAGAUACGAUAUUCAACUCCUGUUUCCCACUUUUAAAACAAGUUAACGUUAUUUAUUAAUUCUGUUUAUUAUUUUUGUAAAUCUAGUUUACCUGUAAGGAAUUGUCACUCCGGCAAAGUCUUGAUUGGGACAAUAGACCUGUUGUCAGAAGAUAAAGUAGUAAUUAAAAGUUCCAAGUAAAAAUCCUUGAUUCAGAUGAAGUACCAUAAAGGCCAAAGAAAAGAUGAAACUGAGAGAAACCCAGAAACACGACAUCUUUAAGAUGGACCUUGGACGCAUGCGAUAAUGCUUGAUUAGGUAACCGCCAGUAUAGGAAGCCCCACAUCCGCAAGAAACAUUAGAAAUUGUUCUACCAACGAUAACAGCAGCCAUAGAGGGUGAUAAUGAAAACUGACUUUCAAUUAUCUUCGGUAAGAAUGCACCAAAACCUGAUAGUAGCAUUGCCUCGCACGAUUGCUCCAGGCAAAUGAAUAAAAACGUCCAACGUGUAGCUAAUUCUUUGAUGGCUGUAGGCAAUUCUCGUAAGCUUUGGCCAACACUUAUUGACGCAUCUGGGAGGCAGGGAUGGCUUAGUCUAGAUCAUGGUCAUCUGCCUUUCAAAUUACCUUGCGUGGUGGUUUCGGAAUCAUUUUUGGAAUUAUACUCGUCGUCGUCCUCUGUGUGUUCUGUUUUGGAGUCUUCCACUUCCUUCGCUGCGGCCAGUGCUUUCGCACCUUUAGAAAGUUACGGUAAAAUGAAAAAGAAACAUUGUGACUAACUAAGCGCCAAGGUUUUUUUUUUAAUUGAACCGAAUGAAAUCACCGGGUAAUUCGCCAGGGAAAGCCAAAAGUGGAAUGGCAGCUAUGCAAAGUAGUGUUCCAGCGAUGACGAAACCGAGCCACCAGGCGCCAACCCAACCGCUGCCACCCGGCGCCAUCCCCACUCUUUUUGGAAAAUGAUAUGUUUGCUAAAAUAGUGGUUACGAAUUGUGUAAGCAUUCGGACGGGAAAAACCCACUCUUUGGCUGAGAUCUUGUCGAUGUCGACGUAAAGACGGAGUAAUUGCCCUCCAGCUAUAUAGCCGAGAGCAGGACCUAGCAUUGUACUUCCGUAAAAAACGCCUGUAAAAAAAAUAAAUAAAAAAUUACACUUUAUUGCACAUA